GUAAAUCCGAGUCGGAGCGGGCGCGUGCGCAUCUGGCUGUGUUACAUUAAGUAGCUUUUUCUCUCAGCAUAACCUUCGCAGAUAUUCUUCUCUGAAAAGGAAGUAUCCAGCAUUUUAGAAUACAAUUAAAGAGAAUAAAACAGCAAGGAUUAAUUUUAUUUUAUGUGGUGAAUGUUUAAGCUAUUCCGCUGAGAGUUCUGACUGGAAUUCUGUCAUGAAGUUCCCAGAGUCAACCUUUUAAUCUUCAGCACCUGAAUAGAAAAAGCUAUGGGGAAAUGGCAGCUAACUCUGGAUCCAGUGCAGGAAUGGGGUGAGGAGGUGGAGGAUGGUGUGGUGUACGGUGUGAGCCUCCAUAGAGAAUCGGCGUGUCCCUCUCCAUCAGACCUGGUGGAUGUGGCCUGUGUGCAGUACCGGACACUGAAGGUGCGCAGGGUGAAGGCGGCCACAUUGGAGCACCUCGUCGAAGAGCUGGUCAAGCCCGAGUGUGACGAACCUGACUACAGCAGAAUCUUCCUCUCCACCUACAGAGCCUUCACCUGCACCAACACACUCAUCGAUAUGAUGUUUCAGAGGGAAGACAAAAUCAACUUGGACAACAGUGUAUGUGUGAGGAGUUCUCUCCCAGCAUUGGUGAAGUUGUGGUUAGAGGAGUUUGCUGAGGAUCUGAGAGAUGCUCCUUUUCAUCCCUCACUCUGUCUACUUUCUCUCCAUCUUCGCCAUCGCCUAUGUUUCAGACGCCUCGCUCAGCAUGCUGACACACUCUUACACACCUUUCAGGAGGAAGACAGGUGUGCUGCGAACAGGUCAGAAGUCACAGAUGUUACUGGAGAAGAAACAGGAAGUGUCCUGAGCUGCUCUGCACGAGACAUUGCUGAAGAGCUCACCAGACUGGACGCUGCACUGUUCAUGCGUGUGGUUCCAUUCCACUGUCUUGGUUGUGUUUGGUCUCAGAGGGAUAAGAAGGAGAACCGAAGCUUAGCACCCAGUGUGAGGGCCACAAUCGCCCAGUUUAACUCUGUCACUAACUGCGUUAUCACUUCACUGCUCUGCACACCCACAACCCCAAACUUCACCCCAGACUCCGCCCCCAACUCUCCACCAUCACCCAGGUUACAUCCCUGUUGGCAUGACCCAAGCCCCGCCCACCGUGCUCACAUCAUUGAGAAGUGGAUCUUUGUGGCUCAGGAAUGCCAUCGGUUGAGGAACUUCUCGUCUCUGCGUGCAAUCCUGUCUGCUCUACAAUCCAAUGCUGUGUAUCGCCUCAAAAAGACCUGGGCUACAGUCAGCAAAGAGAGUCUGGCCACCUUUGAUCGGCUGUGUGAAAGCUUCCCUGAUGAAAACUGUGCUCUGGCUAACAGAGAGAUCCUGGAGGACAAUAAUGAACACACACAGGAGAACCCCUCUACAGCACUUGGAUCUCCUAAACCCAGCCUCACCUCCAAACACACGAACUACAGCGGGGGGGAGGUCCCAUACCUGGGGACAUACCUGACCGUCCUGACCAUGUUGGACACGGCUCUACCUGACACAUUAGAGGGAGGACUAAUCAACUUUGAGAAACGAAGAAAAGAGUUUGAGGUUUUGUCUCAGAUCCGCCAGUUGCAGGCGUCAUGCUCUCUUUACUCUCUUCCCUCUCACCCCCGGGUCUCCUCCUGGCUCAAAGGUUGCUCACCCCUGUCUGACCAGCAGAGUUAUGAAAUUUCUAGACAGCUGGAGCCCCCAGUGGAUUCGUGUCCCGGGUCACCAAGCUGGAGCCAUCGUGUCAUCUGCAAGAAACUUGGCUUGUUGUUGAACAGCAGUGACAGCUCAAAGAAGAAAACGCACUCGGAUCAGAUGAGUGUUUCCUCGUCAGGCUCCAGCGGCUCUGAGAUAGACGACUUCUCCUUUUUGCUCCGCCCCAAAUCACAGUCUGGCUCAUGCCUGAAUAUAUCGGGAGACUCAGCCGGGUUGUGUCCUGAUCCACACUGCACCUCUCCUGCUUCCACCUCCUCGCAGUCUAACAUCUCCAGUCUGAGCUCUCCAUCAUCAUCAUCACCACCCCCCUUCCCCUCCCAUGCUGCAUAUAAUAAACAGAGUGACAGCUGCAUCAUCCGAGUCAGUAUGGCACUCCACAGCAGCAACAUCUACAAGAGCAUCCUGAUAAGCAGUCAGGAUAAGACAAGUCAGGUGAUACAGAGAGCUCUGGAGAAACACAACGUGGAGAACAUGAGCUGUAACGACUUCACACUCACACAGAUCCUGGACUGUGAUAAAGAGCUGUUGAUUCCAGAUAAAGCGAAUGUGUUCUAUGCGAUGUGUCCCUCAGAGAGUUAUAAUUUUGUUCUGCGUCAGCGCUGGAGGAGUCACAACAUGAGCUUGAGUCCUGCUGUCCUGCGCAGAGCUCACAAGUAACCAUGUGACCUGGAGUACUGCAUCACUGUGUGUGUGUGUGUGAGAGAGAGAGACUCGUUAAACUAUUGUCAUGUGUUUUUAAUAUUCUAAACUCACCAAGUUUUAUUGGUGGAGGUGAUGAGCGAUGGAGGUGAUGAGGCGCUUGUCUUUGUGAGAUUAAUGUUUGAUGUUUUAAAGCUGAAGAGUUUUGAUGAAUGAUGAGCUGAUUAUCAGCAGGUGUGUGUGUUGGCACCUUCAUGUGUACAGAUAUUUAUUUGUAUAAUUUAGUGUAUUUCUAAUAAUAAUAAUAAUUAUUAUUAUUAUUAUUAUUAUUAUAAUGCACAGGUAAUAUAUGGAGCUUUAUUUUUAGUGUUUUAACUACAAAGAUUUUAUUUAUUUAUUUAAUUGAUGUCCGUUAAGCACACUGAUUUUACCUGUUAAUGCACAAAAAUCACCUGAAGCUGCAGUAAUGAGUUUAAAGGUUCCUGAGUUCAUCCUGAAUGACUCCUGCUGUCUCUCAGCCUUCAUGCAGCCCUCUGUGUAGAAAAU